GUCGGGCUCACCGGGGGCCGUUAACCCGAUGCGAGACAAGUACUUCCCCACGUCCAUGUCUACAGAAGUCAUUUUGGCAGUCUACUUUCACUUUCAACCACAAAGUUUGGAUAAACUACUAUUAAACAAGCCCCACGUUGACUGACCGGCCGUGGACACUCCCUUUUCCCCAGCAGAGGGAGAAAGAUGGCGCCCACACACGUACUGAGAUGCUGUCAACGGGGCUUAGCAUGGAUACCUGUGAUUUUUAUCGCCCUGGUCGUCUGCUGGUCGUAUUACGCCUACGUGGUGGAGCUUUGUAUAUUCACCAUCACGAGUAUAGGAGAGCAGAUUGUCUACCUGAUCUUCUUCCACCUCUCUUUCAUCAUGUUUGUAUGGUCUUACUGGAAGACCAUAUUCACCAAGCCUGCCAACCCCUCCAAAGAGUUUUGCCUGCCCAAGGCUGAGAAGGAGCGUUAUGAGAAGGAAGAGAGGCCAGAGUCCCAGCAGGAGAUCCUGUGGAGAGCAGCCACCAGCCUGCCUCUGUACACCCGAACAGGAGCUGGAGCAAUCCGUUACUGUGACCGCUGUCAAGUGAUCAAGCCGGACCGAUGUCAUCACUGCUCAGCAUGUGACAUGUGUGUACUAAAGAUGGACCAUCACUGUCCCUGGGUGAACAACUGUGUAGGAUUCUCCAAUUACAAGUUCUUCAUCCUCUUCCUGGCCUACUCGCUGCUGUACUGUUUGUUCAUUGCUGCCACAGUUCUACAGUAUUUCAUAAAGUUCUGGACACUUUGCCGGAGGAAAUCGGCAGAGAACUGCCCAAAGAAUGAGCUGCCAGACACUCACGCCAAAUUCCAUGUCUUGUUUCUUUUUUUUGUGGCGGCCAUGUUCUGCAUCAGUAUUUUGUCCCUCUUUAGCUACCACCUGUGGCUUGUAGGGAAGAACAGGUCUACUAUAGAGGCGUUCAGAGCACCAGUCUUUAGAACAGGCUCUGAUAAGAAUGGCUUUUCUCUGGGUUUCCGGAAGAAUAUUGCUCAGGUCUUCGGUGACCAGAAGAAGUACUGGCUGCUGCCCGUCUUCACCAGCCAGGGAGACGGCCUGACGUUCCCCACUCGGCUGGUCAACGUUGAUGCAGAGCAGGCCACGGUGACUCUGCAUCCAGAGCCAAAUAAAAGUUCUGCCGAUGUCCCUGUGAGCCCGCUCAGCGAAUCCCAGAAUCGCCUCCUGAGCAACGAGCAGCAUGCCAACAACACCGGAGACCAUCUGGCUAAUAACACUCUCAAAUCAGCUGAAAGUGAAACCAUUACAAUCUCCAUGGAGAGUGAGUCUUAACCAGGAGAAACACCUCAGUCAUCUAAUAUGAUGCCUUAAGCAACACAACCGUUUAGCUCAUCACCAUGGCAACAAUCCCUCAGUGGAACCACAUCCCCACAGACCCAUUCAGAGUAACUAUGGAAAUGCAGUCAAUUUGCCCGUCACAGCACAGCAAUGCAUUUAUAGUGUUGGCAUUUUUGCAUGCAGUCUCAUAAGCACAUCUCACACCUACUCCCAGAAGACAUGUGAUACAAGCUUGUUCCCAGGCUCACCAAUGCAUACACACACGCUAACAGCCACACAUUCAGCUAUAUACCUAUUUCUUUGUGCUGUUUUUUUUUU